CCCUCCCCAUUUUAGGCUGAUGCUCUCUUGCUUCAGGCUGGGGGCAGAUGCCUGUAGAGCUCACAUGUGUGCAGCUAAAAGGGUGGAAGAAUCAGGAGAGAGAGUAGCAUCACUUAGCUGUGCAUCUAUAUCCACCAGCUGAGGCAGCAGAAGGGAGCGAGAGAUGGAGGGAUGAGCAGAGGAGACAAGGAGUAGGGUAGGUGACCUCUCGGAAUAUGGUCUGUUUGGAGAAGACUCCUAGAACCUUGUCUUCCUUGGAUGUCGCAAUGCUUGGGGGGAUUCUGCGUCCCACCUGCUGGAUGCUGCUAUGUCUCGUCCUCCUCUCAGGGGAGGUGAACUCCUGCCCCGACACCUGCCGCUGUUAUGGGACCUUGGUCCAGUGCCUGGAACCCAACACCAUUUCCAGCAUCUUCAUCCUGGGCGAGAUGGAGAACAUCACAGAGAUAGUCAUAGAAAACCAGAAGGACUUGUUGAGCCUAACUAGGGACGACAUGAAGAACUUCCGAGAGCUGAAAAAUCUGACAAUUUCAUCCACGGGGCUGGAGUAUAUCUCAGAAGAUGCCUUCGAAAUGAACCCUCGCAUGACUCACAUAAACCUGUCUUCCAAUUCUCUCGUGUCUGCCUCAUGGAGGACAUUUCUGAAUCUGCCUCUUCAGGAAUUGAUCCUCACGGGGAAUCCAUUCCGCUGCUCCUGUGAAAUCCGUUGGCUACAGCUAAAGAGGGAGAUUGACUGGGCAGAUCUUGGAAACCAGUCUCUAAGCUGCUGGGCAGAUACUUUUGAGAUUUUGCUUGAAGAUAUGAUCAUCUCCAACUGUGAACUUCCCCAGGUCAGCAUUGUUAAACAAAACCUGACUGUACUGGAAGGGGCCAAUCUGACAUUAGUGUGUAACGUGGAUGGUCAGCCAACCCCAACCGCCACAUGGAUUGUGCCUGAAAUGGACUCCUAUACCGAAAUUGGGCAAUCGAAUGGUUCUGAAACAGAGAUCUUCUUGCCCCUGUUCAACAUCUCACCUGGAUUCAACAAGCGCAAUGUUACUUGUAGGGCUGAAAAUAUGGUUGGACCCAGCGAAGAACAUGUUCAGAUCAAUGUGUUGUUCCCUGCAAUGGUAGUAGCACUGGAAGAGGCCAUUCCCCAGCACCAUUUCUGCUUCCCUUACACUGUGGAUGGGAACCCUAAGCCCGAGAUCCGUUGGCAAUUUAAUGGACACAACCUGGAGAUGAACGACUAUAUCUACUUAAAGACGGUGGAAGAGAGUGAGAAUUCCACAGCCAUCCAUGGCUGCCUCUACCUGAAUAAGCCAACCCAUGUCAACAACGGUAACUACACCAUCCUGGUUUGGAACAUGCUGGGCUCGGCCUCUGAAACCGUCUACAGCAAAUUUAUGGAUAAUCCCUUCAGCUUUAACCCAGAGGAGCCCAUACCAGUGUCCCUGUCUCCAGAGGGAGGAGGCAAUAGCACCUACACAACCACAGUAGAAACAGUGGAGGAAAAUACCUUUGGGGUCUCAGUGGCAGUGGGACUGGCCGUAUUCGCCUGCUUAUUCCUCCUCCUCAUUCUGAUUGCACUGAAUAAAUGUGGAAGACAUUCUAAGUUUGGAAUUAACAGAGCAGCAGUUUUGGCACAAGAGGAUGACCUGGCAAUGUCUCUUCAUUUCAUGAACUUUGGGACCAGUCCCCUUACCUCCGCUGAGGGAAAACUGGACGGGAUGAAACCAAACUUCAUUGAGAAUCCACAGUACUUCUGUGAUGCCUGUGUCCAACACAUCAAGCGGAGGGACAUUGUGCUCAAGUGGGAGCUCGGAGAAGGGGCUUUUGGGAAAGUGUUCUUAGCAGAGUUUUACAACUUGACCCCAGAGAACGAGAAGACAUUAGUGGCUGUGAAGGCUCUAAAGGAAGCUACAGAGAAUGCCCGUCAAGACUUCCAGCGGGAAGCGGAGCUCCUCACUGUCCUUCAGCAUGAACAUAUUGUCAAAUUCUAUGGGGUCUGCACUGAUGGGGAACCUCUUAUCAUGGUAUUUGAGUACAUGAAGCAUGGAGACCUCAACCGCUUCCUCAGAUCCCAUGGGCCUGAUGCCAAAAUCCUGGAUAACGGCAAUGGCCAGCCAUACGGACAGCUGAACCUGACACAGAUGCUCCAGAUUGCCAGCCAGAUUGCUUCAGGAAUGGUCUAUUUAGCUUCGCUCCACUUCGUCCAUCGGGAUUUGGCUACAAGGAACUGCCUGGUCGGCAAUAAUCUGGUGGUCAAGAUCGGUGACUUUGGCAUGUCAAGGGACAUCUACAGCACAGAUUACUACAGGGUCGGGGGACGCACCAUGCUGCCCAUUCGAUGGAUGCCACCCGAGAGCAUUCUGUAUAGGAAAUUCACCACGGAGAGUGAUAUCUGGAGCUUUGGGGUGGUGCUGUGGGAAAUAUUCACCUACGGGAAGCAGCCUUGGUACCAGCUGUCUAAUACAGAGGCCAUCGAAUGCAUCACCCAAGGACGCCAACUAGAAAGACCUAGGACCUGCCCUACAGAAGUCUACAAUAUAAUGCAAGGGUGUUGGCAGAGGGAACCACAGCAGAGGCUGAAUAUUAAAGAGAUCCACAACAAGCUUCAAGCCCUUGUGAAAGCCCCACCAGUAUACUUAGACAUCCUGGAGUAAACGGACGAAUCGGAGAGAGGUCUUCUGCUGAGUUCAACUUUCAGAAAGGGACCAAGUUCUUCCAAAGAAAACAAAAAAGACUCCUCAGUCCCAAAUAUCAACUGUAUGUAUACACCACAUGGCUUUGUCAGUAUAUAGGAUGCAUACGCUUCUAAGGGAGUAUGUGUCUGAACUUCACAUCUCCAUAAGUCACCAUGAAAUGGGACAAGAAAUCUGUGAGAAUUGUUGAGGAUCAAAAAUGGAGUUCGGUAAAGAAGAUGAGAAGAAAACUGUGGCAACAGUCAGUGACUUGAGGACUUCUUCCAGCAGUUUAAUGUCCAUAAGAAUUUUAGGGGAAAAGAGCAAUGAAUGAAGUGAAGAUAGAUAUGCUGGCACAGAAUUUAAAGCAUGACUUUAGAUUGUAGAAACUGAAGUGGCCAAGAUUUUCCACUCAAAUAUUGACUCUUUCACCAAUAUGCCUUCUCCUCCCUACCAUGAAAACAAAGUAUUUUCCUUCUGUAGAGGCUGAGAUACACGAAGAGUCCAUCAACUCAUGAAAAUGUGUUAUUUCUGUGAUAGAAAAUCAUUACUAUUGGCAAAUGCCUCUCUUAAUUAUUGUCAAAGUAACAGAUCUGCUUCUACACUUGGCUGAAACUAGGACUGGACGGAAGGUUCCAGUGGAACGGUCUAGAGUUUAACGGAACUUUAGCAGAGCAGCUUCUGUCAGAAUUGUAGGACUAAACACAGCAUGUUGUCUAAUACGAAUACCAGACCUCUAACGGGAUGCCAUUCAUCCUCUCUUAUAGCUUUGCAAGAUGGAACCUUUUUUUUUCCGCACUCAUCUCUCCAAUCUGGUUCUAGAGAACCAUAGAAAGUUUGUUUUGAAUUCCUUCUCGGUAUAAAAAUGCAUUGUUUAUGUCUGUAGUUCUCAGACACCCUAUGUAUAUGCUGUACUAUAGGCCAAACGUGACUUUAUUUAUAACUGGCUGAGGCUUGUGUGAGAAGUUAGUCCUUCCCGUAAAAGAAAGAAAUCGUGAACAAAUAUGGCAGAGAGAACUUGGGGAGGGUUUGGGUCUAUUUAAUGAAAUAAAAGAGGGAAUCUUUACAACAUUGUGUGUUCUUGAAGCAUAAAGAUUCAUAGCAACAAGAGCAAAAAAACAUAGUGUUAGUAUCUACUGCUUAAACAGAUGGUGUCUACAAGGGUCCUAAAGUAGGACUCUCCGGAGCAGUUACUGGUGUUCAUGUCUACAGACUUCAAAUAAAGAUAUAAGACUUAGAGCUGGAAGGUAGUUCAUAUCCACUAAAACUAAAAUAAUAUGUAGAUAAGAUAUAGCUGUUCAUUCCAACGGAGAAACACAGAAUGAUAGACCAAGGGUUACAUUUUAGCUUUCAGUUCCACAGAGAAACUUUCUGCUAAAUAUGUUCCAUAAUGGUUGGCUCCCUAAAGGUUGAGAUGUGGGGUGAAUGCACAUAGUGCCAGGAUAUUCUUGGAAUGAUAGUGGGUUGACGGUGUUUUUUAUAUAUACGGUAUCUGUAAUCUUGUUAUGAACUAGGAGAAGGCCUGGGCAAAUAUGGGUAAGAAAGUGUAGUAUAAAUGCAAAGACUUAAGGUGCCCAUACACGUGAAGAUCCGCUCACUUGGCGAGGUCACAAAGCGAGCGGAUCUUAAUCCGAUAUCCACACCAAUGGGUGGGCGAUAUUGGGGAACAUGUAGGCUAAAUCAUAAUGGCAGCAAUGGGGCAGUCGGUUCGGGGAACUCAUCAACAAGCCGAUGCGGUCUCCGAUCCGACUUAGUCUUUUAACCUGCCCGAUCGAUAUCUAGCCAAUUUCAGGCCAGAUAUUGGUUGGGCUUGCCCCUCGUUCCUGCCCCUACACGGGCCGAUAAGCUGCCAAGGGACCCAUAUCGGCAGCUACAAUCGGCCUGUGUAUGGCCACCUUAACACAUUACUGACAUUAAGUAAUAGUAUUCCUAAUCUACAGCAAUGCCAGAACAGUCCUAACAAAGCACGCACAACGCCAGUGUUUCUUUUCCCUGCUAUAUCAUUUAGACUUACUGUACUUUUGGUUCCACUAAGCUCUUUCCACAUACAAAGCAGUUGUUUUAAUAUCCUCUUACUCUGCUGGUUCCAUUCACUUGUGGUUUUUAAAAGCAGUAACCACUUUGUUAUUGGAUUGAAUGCAAGUGGAGCUUAACCGUGCUGUAAAUGGCAUAGCAACAAGGCUGAUAUGGAUAGGGUGACAUUAAUUACUAAACACUUUCUAUCCACCACAUCUCAAACAAUUUUGGUUCUGGUGGAUUUACUAUUGAACCUGUCUAUCCCUAAACGCUAUCCGUUUUCUUCUCAUCCACUCAAAAUAGAUAUAAUGAGAUUUGAAAAUAUACAUUUGAUGGUAUCGAUAGCCAAUUUGUGGCCUCAAAAGAAUAAAUAUUGAGCAGCAGAUAGAAAAAAAGAAAUGCAAGUUGCAUUAUUAUUAUUGAAGUCUCAGUUGCUUUCUCCAUUUGGCUGUCCGUAUACUGUAGCCCUGAUCAAGAACUGGGAUCAGAAAUUGUACAAAAUAUUCAAGUUUAUAUAUCACGAGCCUUGGGUUUGGGUUUGUCUGAGAAAAAAACUCUUCUCUCCCAUUUUCUAUUUUUCUAACCUCCCUUCUACAUCCUGGAGGGUAUAGUGGCCUUGGUUGGCCAAAUGGUUUGGUGGACAGGAGAACCUGGAAGUUCUCCUUGUACCCUGAAGAGUCAAUCUGACCCUGACCUAUCCAUGCUCUAAAGAUAAUGUUAAAAAAGGACAGAGGUGCCAAAACGUAAGCUACUGUAGUAACAUUUUAUACAUUAGUGUAUGUUUUACCUGUUCAUUUUUUGUCCCACCUUUGUUCAACACCAUGUCCAAUAGGAGCAAUCAGAUUACACAGCAACAAGGCAAAUAAUCCGAUUACAAGGCAACAUAUGACUUCUGUAACAAAGGGCAAAAGGCCUAAAAUGUUAUUGAGAAAAGCUCCAACACGUAUAAUGCAGAGCAGAAGGUCUGUCCUUCCAAGGUUAAGUGAGAUGGUCUUCAAACAGCGAAGGUCCUUUGCAAAAUGGUCUUGGAAGAUGAGAACCAUUAUUUGAUUGAAACAGAUAUCCGGAACAGACCACCAUACUGGAGGUAUCUCCAUGCUUAACCCCACUUCUCAUCCCAGUAUUAUCAUAUAAUCACAGCUGAAUCAUCAGAGUGUGAGCUCUAACCAGUUUUAUCACUGCGUCCAUUCACUCCUAGCACUUACCUUUUGCAUUGAUGUUGUAUAUGACUAUUUAUCAACAUGUAUCUCAUUUUGUAAAGUGGCCGAAAGGCUGUCAGAAUAAAGGACACUACAAAGUACUGGAAAAGCAGUCGUUGUUUGAGUGGAAGUAGAUCGGUGCAGACGUCAAGAGACAUUCGCUAUCGCUAAUAUUCAGUGUUUACAUGCAAAAUCACAUUGUUCAUCCAAUAAAUAUUUACUACA